AUGGCGUGGUCUCAACUGGAGCCCACGGCGCCGCAUCUGACCUACAUUGUCCUGUCUUCUUUUCUCAUCGUCUACGCGCUUUUCUCCCUUUUUAUCCGCAACCGCCUGCACCUGUCCGAGCCGCCGCUAGCCACGCUCUUUGGCAUCAUAUUCGGGCCACGCGGAGUCGGUAUCCUGUAUCCGCAGCGCUGGGGAAUGGACGACCUUCAUAUGCAGGAAUUCACCCGCUUGAUCCUCGGUAUCCAAGUCUUCGCCACCGGAAUCGAGCUUCCACCGCGGUUUUUCAGCAUAGGGCCGCAAGGCAAUUGGCGCAGCAUACUGAUGCUGCUGGGACCAGUGAUGAUAUUCGGGUGGCUCGUUUGUGCAGGGUUGAUCCAGGCACUUCUGGGAGUGGACUUUGUCAUCGCGCUGAUAAUCUCGGCAUGCCUGACCCCUACUGAUCCAGUGUUGGCAUCGUCAGUGCUAUCAAACUCACAGUUCUCGACCCGCGUGCCUAAGCGGGUGCGGCGGCUGUUGUCGGCGGAGAGCGGUUGUAACGACGGCGUGUCAUUCCCUUUCCUGUACAUCGGCAUCUUCGCCCUGAUGAGCGCGACGGCAGGGAAGGCGGUCAAAGACUGGAUCCUUAUCACACUGCUCUGGCAGUGCGCGCUGGGAAUCGCUCUCGGUGUCGCGCUCGGGUUAGCCGCCAACCGCGUCCUGCGUUUCGUCCACGCGCACGACUUCAUCGGACGCGCCUCCUACCUCGUCUUCUACCUACUCGCGGCCAUCUUCUGCACUGGAGUCGCCGCUACGCUCGGGACUGACGACUUUCUGGUCGCCUUCAGCGCGGGCGUCGGUUUCAACCACGACGGCUGGUUCAGGCGCGAGAUUGCGCAGACGCGCCUGCCGCACAUUAUCGACCUGCUUCUCAACAGCACCAUGUUUGUCCUCUUUGGUGCGAGUAUCCCUUGGUCCCAUUUCGCCUCCUCGCACCCAAUCUUACCAGACUUCUCCGUGUCUCUGAAUCCCGGCCGCCUUUUUGCCCUCCUCGUCUGCAUCAUCCUGCUCCGGCGCAUUCCCAUCGUCCUCCUUUCGAAGCCGCUCAUCCCAGACCUGCAGACCUACCGCGAAGCCCUCUUUGCGGGACACUUCGGCCCCAUGGGUGUGGGCGCCCUCUUCCUCGCGCUCGAGGCGCGCGCACAGCUUGAGACGGGCACCUCGCAGCCGAUGCCGUAUCCGCCGACCAAUGGAAGCCUUCCGCCCCGAAGGGAGCUCGCCGUGCUCGUUGUGUGGCCCGUCGUGUGCUUCGUGGUGCUUGGCUCGACGAUGGUGCAUGGUCUGAGUACGCUGGCGAUCAGUGUAGGAAGUCACUACGCACGGAAAGAGGGAGAGCGCGCGCCGCUAAUCGGGGCGGAGACAGAGGGGUUCGGCGCCAUGGUGCAUGAUGAGGAUGAGGUUGAGGAGGAGGAAUGCGAAGAGGAGACGUAA